CACUGAUACUUCAACAACAUGUCAUAACAGUGUGCAGUCAUGUCUGUCAUGCAGUCACGUUCAUACCUGCGGGUUACAAACUUCCCUCGCACGUCCAGUGACAUCUGCAUACGGGUUUUUACUCUAAAAGCAACCACGCAUGUGCAAAAGCGUCACCGCCGUCCCUCGCGUUAAACGAUGGCCGUGGUUAAUAUUUACAAUAAAUAUGAAUCACGGGAGAAACUGUGAUGCGUUUAAUGAUUAAGCUCCUACUGUCAUGUCACAAUGAGGCGUUGUACGGGAUUAAAUACUUACCUGUGAUAAAGGCUCUUUUACGUCUGUGGCUGCACGGUGACACUACCUGGAGAUAGACUUACCAUCUGAAGUUGUUGUCGGGUUCAUUCUUGUUGCAGGAUGUUAAAUUGCAAACUGCGACCUGUUUUCAAGCAGGCUCAGGUUCUGUGUGGUCCGUUAUGGAGGCACAAGAUGCAGAUCCGAGGGUGCGCGUCGCGUCCGGCAACUUUUCAGUUACUCGAGGACAGCCUCGUGCUCAACUACGGAGGGAAGCCGAUGCAUUUUAACUACGUGUGGCUGCGGGAUCACUGCCGCUCUGCAGCUUCAUACAACUCGCAGACUCACCAGAGAAACGUAGACACCGGGGGCAUAGACCUCACCAUCCGCCCUGACAACACAAGCGUGCAAGAUGACCAUCUGAUCCUCACAUGGCCUGGCGGUCAUGUGACAAAGUACAGCCUGAGCUGGCUGGCUGAGAACAGCUAUGAAAGACAGAAGCAGAGCCGCGUCCAGCCUCGCAUCCUUUGGAAUUCAGACAUCUACAAAAAUGCAAACGUACCUUCUGCCAAAUAUGACUUGUUUAUGAGCAGUGACGAUGAAGUCAAGAAGUUUCUUCAGAACUACCUCCUGUAUGGGAUCGCUUUUGUGGAUGAUGUCCCGGCUACAGUUGAGGCCACAGAGGCAGUUACCCAGAGGGUCAGCCUUAUCAGGGAGACUACAUAUGGAAGAAUGUGGUGUUUUACUUCAGAUUUUUCCAGAGGAGACAGCGCCUACAGCCAGCUGGCUCUUGACCGUCACACUGACACCUCAUACUUUCAGGAACCAUGUGGAAUACAGGUUUUCCACUGCCUCAAGCACGAGGGAACUGGGGGAAGGACGCUACUUGUGGAUGGGUUCUACGCCGCAGAAAAAGUGCGCCAGCAGUCUCCUGAAAACUUUGAUCUGCUCGCCCGUGUGCCCAUCAGGCACGAGUACAUUGAAAAGUCUGACACCCACCGAAACCACAUGACAGGCAUCGGCCCUGUGCUCGACCUCUAUCCAUGGAACAAAGAACUGUACCUGAUCCGAUACAACAACUAUGACCGUUCAGUGAUAAACACAAUCCCCCAUGAGCUUGUUCAGCGAUGGUAUGUGGCACAUCGGAUGCUGACAACAGAACUCAGACGGCCAGAGAACGAGCUGUGGGUGAAACUGAAUCCUGGGAAAGUGGUUUUUAUUGACAACUGGCGUGUCAUGCAUGGGAGGGAGUCUUUCACCGGCCUGAGGCAGCUCUGUGGAUGCUAUCUGACCAGAGACGACGUCCUCAGCUCUGCACGUGGCUUCGGUCUGCAGGCCUGAUCCUGGAAGGUCCCCUAACUUCUGUGCCUUAUUAGUUAGCCUGCAGUAGGUUCACCUACUGUAUGUAGCAGCCGUAUAUAUACUUUUUUACUCAUCAAACUACGCUCCAUACCACUUAGAACAGAACAAAAAAUAGGAUAUUACAAACUGACAUAAACACAAUUGGCAGCGAUUACUGCCUUGAGUUUCUUUGGCUAUGACGGGACACAUUCAGAAGACCUGCAUUCAGAGAUUUUCUGAUGUUCUUCUCUGCACAUCCCCUCAUGCUCUGUCAGGUUCAAUGGGGACCAUCGGUGGCCAUUUUUAAGUUCGAUUGAGUUCAAAUCCAGGCUCCAGCCCUUGUGAUUGACAUUUGUUGAUUGUUUUCUAUGUUCUAAUACUUCAGCUACUCUAUGCUCCACUAGUAUGAAUGUCUCCUGAAUUGCACUUGAAACAAUUAAAUGUGUACCGUCUCAAA